CCAAACUUCACUGAGAGUGAAACAGCGAGGAGACAACCGUGGACUAAAACGAGAAGCUAUUUGUUUCGUUAUUGUUGGUGAAUACACGUUAGCUAUGUCAUCUAUGUAAUUGUACACGAUAGCGAGUUAAUAUAACACACGGUAUAUUUAGUAUUUAAUUGACAGUCUAGAAAAAAUAAUAAUAAUGAGACUAUAAAGGAAUGUUUUGGUGAAAACGAAAGCUUGCCGCUUCCACCGAAACAAAACAGCAGUCAUUAUAUAUACUGUUUCCUGGUAUUCAUUACACAGCCUGAAUGGAAAACGUUUUAUAUUGUUAGUUAACCAGAAAGCUAACUAACUCUUAGUGUCUCUAGUGAGACUAUCAAGACUCAACAGCAUCGAUAAACCAACUAUGGACGGAUGUCAACCAAACAUGCGGCAAAAUAACAACGAAAAAAGUGUAGAAAAAUGUAUGGACGAAUACCUGAAAUCCAUCGGCUUUCACCGGAAAAAAAUAGCCAAAGAUGGGUCGUGUUUAUUUCGGGCUGUAGCUGAACAGGUGUUACACUGUCAAAGCCUCCAUACCAAAGUCCGUGCCACCUGUGUGCAGUAUCUAAAGAAGAACAAGGAGAACUAUGCGGCGUUCAUAGAAGGAGACUUCGAGGAGUACAUAAUGAAACUUGAGGACCCUCAGCACUGGGUGGGAGAGGUGGAGAUAUGUGCACUGGCUCUGAUGUACAAGAGUGAUUUCAUAAUCUUCCAGACCCCUGGUAAACCUCCUGUUCAAAUCACUGACAACGGCUUUAAUGACAAGGUGCGUCUGUGCUUUCUGAACGGGAACCAUUAUGACAGUGUCUACCCCAUAGCUCAUGUGAAGAAUGCUGCCCUGUGCCAGUCCGUCCUGUACGAGCUCCUCUAUGAGCGAGUGUGUGGCACGGACCAUUCCGUGGUGGCCCCCUGUCUGAAGGGCGGUACCGGUAACCGUGGUAACGACCUUCUCGAAGACGACCCGGACAAUGAGCAGUGUCGUAGCAGCGACGAGUCGGACCUGGAGGGAGAGGACGCUCUCUGGAGCCAGGAUGGACCAGCUGGACCUGCAGCCAGGGGACUCACCGUUAAGGGUCGAGGAAGUCGAGGCCCACCCUUCUCCAACAGGGUCAGACGGUCUCUCAACCCCUUCCUCUACAGAAACACUGAGUACGAUGUCUGGGUCAAGUCCAAGAGAGCUCAGCAGAAGCUGGAUUUCUGCAUCGCCGCUGGGAUGCAGUAUACAGUGGGAGACAAGUGCAAGGUUCGCCUUGAUAACGGUGGGCGUUACUAUGGCGCCUACAUCCAGGAAGUUUCGCCUGACAACGGGCCCGUCACUGUCUUCAUAGAGGAACUGGGCAAGAAACACACUGUGUCCCUCUGGAACCUGCGCCCCCCCACAGAUGAGACGUUGUCCUGGAGCACGGUGGCCCGAGAUGGAAAGAGACUGAACAACGGCUCUGCUCCAAACUCUGAUUGGGAGGGCAGGGGAAGAGGGAGGAAGUCGGGGAAACCUUCAACGCCGUCGGCAACGCCAUCGGCAACGCCGUCUGUCUCCCAGGCUAAAGGACCCUCCCAAAGUGGUGGGCGUGGUGUCCAGAAGCAGCACUCUUGGCCCCUGCAGGCCACCGUAGAGGAGGGAGGUGUCCGGAGCACCCCCACCUCAACACCAGCCCCCCUCUCCCAGCCCCCCUCUCCCAGCCUUCCCUCUCCCAGCCCCACUUCUCCCAGCCCACCCUCUCCCAGCCCCCCCCUCUCCCUGGAUCCUCCAUCCAGUGAGGUCUCCUCAGCCUACACCCCAGCUUUAUCCCACAUCGUUGUUCCCCCACUUCCUUCCUCCCCACCAACCACCUACCUCACCCCUCCAACCACCCUUCCCUUCCCCCGGGCUCUCCCCAUCCCCCCUCCAGCCCCAGACUGUCACCCAGCCCCCCUGUCGUUCCACCAGCUGGCUCAUCUCUACCAAGACCCCCUGUUCCCAGGGUUUCCUUUGACUGACAAGGAAGAGAUCGUCCACUCCCCUUAUUCUUAUAUCCACACGGGAGAGGACCUGCCACGAGAUGUCAACAUCCUGAGGUUUUUCUUCAACCUUGGUGUGAAGGCGUUCACCAACCCCAUGUGGCCCCCCUCUUACAUCCUCCCUCUUCACCAGGCCUACAGCAUGCAGCCCAAACUACCCUCAGUCUCCCUCCCCUCUUCCCACUGGUACCCCUCCCACCCUCCACCGUUACCCCCUCGGGCUUGGGGGCCUCCAUCUGCAUGA